ACGCGCGGCCAUUACACAGCGCGUUCAUGAGGAAGGUCGGAAGCUCGAGGAGCCAGCGGAAAACUGAACAGCGACGGACAGCAGAUAUUGUCGAUAGAUAUCGUGUCUGAUAUCGCACAAACAAACGUGUAGAUACCAAUAGUUACCGUUAGAGAAUCGCGCGUUAUGUGAGGCGAUAUUUGUGUUGAACAGCAGUGUUUGCGGUUAGAUGCGCGUCGCGUCGGCCCUGCGCAGCGCGUGAGUGCGGCAGUAUUGGAUUAAAGUGAAUCGUUAUCAUAAAACAAGCUAUUAAUACACGAGGAAUCAGAAAAAAUAAGCGAUGGAUGAUAAAGUGUUUACGAAAGAGUUGGACCAGUGGGUCGAGCAGCUGAACGAAUGCAAACAACUGACCGAGAAUCAAGUGAGGAGUCUCUGUGAGAAGGCUAAAGAGAUUCUCACUAAAGAGUCCAAUGUGCAGGAGGUCCGCUGUCCCGUCACUGUGUGUGGUGAUGUACACGGUCAAUUUCAUGACCUGAUGGAGCUCUUUAGAAUCGGGGGAAAGUCACCCGACACCAACUACCUGUUCAUGGGUGACUACGUAGACAGAGGUUAUUACUCGGUGGAAACAGUCACACUUCUCGUUGCGCUAAAGGUUCGAUACCCAGAGCGCAUCACGAUAUUGCGGGGAAACCACGAGAGCAGACAGAUCACACAGGUGUACGGCUUCUACGACGAGUGCUUGAGGAAAUACGGCAACGCAAACGUCUGGAAAUACUUCACAGAUCUUUUCGACUACCUUCCACUCACAGCACUUGUGGAUGGACAGAUCUUCUGUCUGCACGGUGGUCUGUCUCCAUCUAUAGACACACUGGAUCACAUUCGUGCUCUGGAUCGUCUGCAGGAGGUCCCUCAUGAGGGUCCGAUGUGUGAUCUGCUCUGGUCAGAUCCUGAUGAUCGUGGCGGAUGGGGAAUCUCUCCUCGAGGUGCUGGUUACACCUUCGGCCAAGACAUCUCUGAAACCUUCAACCACGCUAACGGUCUCACACUGGUCUCUCGUGCACAUCAGCUGGUCAUGGAGGGGUACAACUGGUGUCAUGAUAGGAAUGUUGUCACUAUUUUUAGUGCACCAAACUAUUGCUAUCGCUGUGGCAACCAGGCUGCGAUUAUGGAACUGGAUGACACGCUUAAAUAUUCAUUUCUUCAGUUUGAUCCAGCUCCUCGCCGUGGAGAGCCUCACGUCACCCGUCGCACCCCUGACUACUUCUUGUAAGAGAGCACUGGGCCUUUAAAGCAAGCGACAGCUUACCACUAUUCAUCCAGUGUGUGUGUGUGUGUGUAUAUAAUAGGGAGGGAAUAUGUUUGACAUGACAACAUUAACACGGACCAAAAUGUGCCAUACAAGCAUUUAAUGCCCAGAUCCAAUCGCUCUGUUUCAGUACUGCUGCAAGUGUCUCGUUUUAGACUAUAGUACAAUUGCCUGCUGUAUACAAUGAAUUGACAUGUUCCCUUUAUUCUUCAUUGUACAAUACUCAAGAGUAAAACAUGAUAACUAGCUGUCUCUUAUCACAAUAUCACUGGAAUAAACCUCCUUUGUGUUGGCGAUGCCAGGCAUGUGAAAUACAGUAACAUUUUAUACAAGUGCACAAGCGUACAUAUUUUCCUUUCUUUUCACCAAAAAUACUAUUGGGAAGUAAAUGAACCUGAUAUGUCCUCUCAUCUGAUCCUCUACUUUCUUUUGUGUUGACUGUCUUCUGUGUAUUUGUCAAUAAAUGAUAGCCUCUUUGGUGUAUUUGAACUAAUAAAGGUCAUUUUAAUCGCAAGCUACACAAAACAA